AUGGAUGAUAAUCACGGUGAUUCGUCGGAAAACCAACCGCAAUCUCAACCCUCGGCUUUUGAACAAGCGUCAUUAUCAGAUUACGGCGGUGAUGGUGUUGAUUAUAGCCCGCAUUUUCAGACUAGAGAAGUUUUCCCGACCUAUCAAGCAGCUGUUGAUUGGGCUAGAGAAAUUGCCACUCCAUUAGGGUUCUUUUUGACAAAUUCAUCGUAUAAGAAACAAAGAAAUGGGCUUCCAAUUAAUUACAUGAAAUGUGAUCGGGGGGAGAGAAACAGAGGGGAAAAUCGGGACCGUGAAAAUGCCACACGGAAGAACACGAAUAGCAAGGGUUGUAAAUGUACGUUUCAAAUCUCGGCUCGAUGUUUGCGGGACAUGGAAGGAUGGAUAAUUAAAUCUAAAAAGGGCUUGAAAGGCAUGCAUAACCAUCCGCUCAUGGUAUAUCGAGAGGGUCACCGACAGGUUAGUGGUCUUAGUCCAGCUGCAAAGACGCUUGUUAUUGACAUGAGUUCUGCUGCAGCCAAGCCGCGUCACAUUAUGGCAGCCGUGAAAGAGAAGUUUCCGAAUGAGAGCCCUAACAAGAGACAUAUCUACAAUGUGAGAAGUCGUGCUCGUCUAGAUGCUUGUGAAGGUCGAGAUGUUGCGCACCAGUUUGUUCACUUGGCAAAUGAGUACAAGUAUGUCACUUGGAUAAAUGUUGAUCCAGAUACCUGUGCUAUCACCCAUGCUUUUUUGGCCCACCCAGAGAUGGCUAAUAUGCUACGUACGUAUCCACAUGUCAUUGGGAUGGAUUCUACGUACAAGACCAACAGAUAUAACAUGCCAUUCUUCGAGCUCGUUGGUGUCACGCCUACAAAUCAAAACUUUUUGAUCGGAUAUGCCAUAUUAAAGAGCGAAACUUAUGAAAGCUACAAGUGGGUUUUGGAGAAAUUGCAGUUGUACAUUGGAUUUGAGGUGGCUCCGAAUGUUUUUGUUACUGAUUGUGAUUGGGAAGGGCGCACAUUUUGUGUGGGAAGGAUAUGUUGA